GCAGUGAGGAGGGAGACCGGAAGAGGCGGGACCGAGCCGUGAUUGGUCAGCUUUCGUGGCCGCUCGCAUAGGCGCCCACUGUGGCUUUGCGCGUCGUUUUCCGCUUGAAUAAUCCUGUCCUUUUCUCGACCGUUUCUCGUCAUUUUCCGCCUUUUUGUCGCCACCGCUGUCCGCGACAUCCACCACCAUCGCUCGCAGGGGACGCACCGCGCAGUCCCCCAGCAACAGUGUCGGCCUCCCACUCCAUACAUAAGUCCGUCCCUGCACCGCCGACAGGCACCCUAGCCCGCAACGGCCGCCAUUCAGACCGGAGGCGUGCCCUCCUUUCCGCCCUCUCCAUGGUCCUGGGUGGGCUCAGCGCCAUGCUCUAUGGCGGGCAUCCUAGUCUCUCCGUAGGCAUGUUCCUCCGCAAGGUCGACAUGCGCACUGUCUUCUUCGCCACAAUCUUUGUCAUUGUUGUUCUCGUCUUGGCCUACCUCACCAACCCUUCGGAGACGUCCUUCCGCGCAUACCUUACCGAGCAAUCUUUCCGCCAGCAUCUUACUCGCCUCGACGACACCUCCCAGGACGAUCUCGCAGACCCCAAGCGCACCGGUUUACUCUACACCGUCUCCCGUCGAUUGCCAUCCGUCGCUCCCAAGCCCGGCCGCGACUACGACACGCAUUCGCCGUUCCACUUCGUCAAUCGCGCUUCGAUCUCGCUACGCACACCGAAGCAUGUCUUCCACAGCCUCGGCAUCUGCACCAUCGCCGCCGUAUAUCCCAACGGACCACCGCCAUCUCGUGGUAUGCGCAUAGAGGGCUUGCCCUCGACCGUCAACGACUCGUGGUUCAUUGGUGCUUUUGGCAGGUGGUGGCGUGGCGGGACUUUACACGCGUGGUGUCACGAUGCGAUCACUAACGCGAAAGACGCAGAGCGGCUCAACUCAGGUAUACUCGAUGUCAAGGCACUCGACAGUCUGGAGAGCUAUGACGGAUUACCAUUCACGACGUCAUCUACAUCGACUUCAUUGCAUUUACCUAACACGGAUUCGACAUCAAAGCUCAGGGGCACAGAGCGCUCGACGCAACGAACGGUAAGCAACUCGACGCGGAGCACCACUCCGCCACCGUUGCCCAAGUCCGCCUCCCUACCCUUGCACGCGCCGCGGCACUCCACGACACCUUCCAGACGCGACCGCAGUUGUAGCUCACGGCAAAACCACAACCCAGCACAGCCUUCCACCUGCGUCGCCACCGACUCACUCCGGCUCAGCCCCUCUCCCAGCCUGACAUACUCGCCCUCGUCCACUUCGCUCUUCGACCAGUCUCCCGUGAUCGCCGAGAUCCUGCGGCAGAUCACCCACUCCAAGACAGCGGUACUCGACGUGCACACGCAGCUUUCGGACGUGCGCGCGGCCGCGGCAGCGUCGCACGCGACGAUUCAGGGUGACCUUGAUGCGCAGCGCGAGCGCAAGCGCACCGAAGAUGCGGCACGUGCUGAGCUCAAGAGCCGCACGAAGACACUCGACGACGAGAAGCGUGCCGCAGAGGGCGGGCGGCGCGAUGCAGAGAAGCGGCUGCGUGCAGCAGAGGGCGCACGGGACAGCGCGAGCCGAAGGGUCGAGCGGCUCGACAAGGAGAUCGGGGCGCUGAGAGAGCGGAUGCGGGAGGAUGAGAUGGCAGCUGCAAGGGCAAAGGACGAUGGCGGGUGUGCAAAGAGGGAGAUAGCAGAGGAGGUUGCGGCUAAGAGGAAAGAGAUCAAAGUUGCAGAAGAUGUGAUUGUGGCAUUGACCGCGCGUGCUAAGGAGCUGGAGGAGAAGAUUGGGCAGGAAGAGGAGCGGUUAAGAGGUGCGCGGGAGCAGGCGGAGCUCAGGAAACAGGACAGGUCAUUCUUCCCGCUGCAUGUGGCUCCUGCUGUUGAGGAGGCUGCGCAGGCUCCCUGGUCACCUAUUACCGGCUUCAGCUCGUUGCAAGAACAGGAUACACACGCACAGAUCAACACUGAUUUCUCUGCUGGUAUUGAAAUAUUCUCGCAAUCCACUCAGGUUUCGCCUCGGCUACUUCAGGCUUCGAAUCGUGCACCGGAUGCGCUUGUAUCGCAGCAGCAUUUGGCAGUCUCUCCACGGCCAAAGACGCUCUCCCUCAGCGGUAUCUCCAACUUCCGCGACCGCUUUCGGUCCAGCACCGGCGGCCAAGCUAACGGAGACGUCUUGCUGCCCACCAAUGGCUUCUCGCUUCUCGAUGACAAGGCUUCGAGCUCGCUGUCCUCCGGACCGUCACACGCUACACGUUUCUCGCCCUUCGCAGACAAUGACCACGAUUUGCUUUUCGGCGGGGAUGCGAUCUCGCCCCGCAGCACGUCGCUCAUCCCGUCAAGCCUUAUCAGCUCGCUCGAGCGCGGUGCGAGCAUGGACGACAUUGCAGAACUAGGUUCGGGAUCCAGCGCGCUUCACACAGAGGAGGACGACGUGCUCGAGCCCAACUGGCGCGCACGCACGGAUUACGUCCACUCGAGCCCGACGAGCAUCACGAAUCCUUCGUUCGACGGCAUCGAUCAGGAGGAUCCCUUCGAGAUCCGCCCGCCGCCUCUCGUGGCGCGCCGUCGACUGACUGGCGACUCGCUCGAGGCCCCGCGCCCGCUCAUGCCCACCGCGGGGCGCACGAUCUCCGACCCGCAGCACGUACCGCAGGUGAACGAGCAGGAGGCGGAAAAUAAGGCGAGCGCGGCGCAUCGGCGGUGGCACUCUGUGGGUCCGAAGGAAAAGGACAGAGAAAAGAAGGGUCUGAACCCCGAGGCGGAGGUCUUCCGCCUGAACAAGACUUCACUGCCUACGCUCUCUCACCCGCCCUCACUCGGGCUCUUCAAAUCCAAACCCAAGAAUGCGGUGUCCGCCGUGUUUGACUUACCUGGUAAUGCCCCGUCGCUCGCCUCCCAGCCCGACUCGCUCUUCUCGUCCUUCUCGAUGCACCGUGCGUUCGCGCCUUCACCGGCAGAGCGAGAGGCACUGCAGCGCGCGUUGGGGAGCUCGUCGAACACCAGCCUCGAGCGCCUGCCGACCCUCAGCGAGGUCUCUCUUGCGAGCAUGCCAUCGUCACCGUCACAUGUCCAUGCAAUUGCUGCGCAGCGCACGUCGCCGGGUGCGGGGUCGAGCAGGACACUGUUGCCACCGGGGUUGUCGUGGCUGCAGUCGCUGCCGCGGAUGAGGAAGCCUGCCUUCAGCCCGUGGGAAGACGAGGUCGGGGAGGCAAAGGGCGGCAAGCGUAGCCAGUGAAGCGCGAACGCGGCCUCAUAAUUAUUAAUGUGAUCGAGAGUGUAAAUGUCUGUGCCAAUAUUUGCAGGGGAGAGGUAGAGGGCGGCAAGGGGGGAAAGCAUGUGUACGGCAAGCCGAAGAGCCCGCCUCGCGGGAUAUAAGUAACAAUGUACUCGAGAUUUGAAAUCGCAGUGCGCAGAACUUCGACGGUUAUAAGCGUUUCCAUUAAUGGUGUGAAGCUGAGUGGGCGAGGCUGCGCCGCUGA